UGGACGCGUUCUCGCGAGAUUUCGGUUAGUUCAGUUGAGUAAAUGCCACGUCUUAAUACACAGCUACAAGUAGUAUCAGCGUAGACAGAAAUAUCAGCAGUUUACCGAGCAGAGGCACCCAGCGGCCCAACAGGCAGUGAUAAUUUGCACAAUCUGGGAAUAAUAUGGGCUGUUUACGUCUGCUGGCACUGACACUGGCCACAUCCGCAGCACUGCUGUUAGCCUCCCAUUCAGCCAUCGCUCACAGCCACUCUCAUGGCGACCACGGACACGCCCACUCCCACGGCCACCAUCAUGGCCACCAUCACCACGGUCACUCCCACGGAGAGGACGACGACCACGGCCACUCUCACGGCCCUGAGGUGAAGAUGUUCCACGGGGCGAGCAAGUGGAGCGCUGAGGCCAACAUUCCCGUAGAAGAAGAGGAGCACCACGGACACGCCCACUCUCACGACCACGGACACGCUCACUCUCACGACCACGGACACGCUCACUCUCACGACCACGGACACGCGCACUCUCAUGAUCACGGACAUGGGCACGCUCAUCAUGAGGAUAUCGUUCGGGUGCACAAGGAGGAGAGUGGACACGGGCACGCGCACGGAGGGGAGAGGGUGAAGAGGGAGGCGGAGGGAGAGAAGAGGAGCACGGUGGAGCUCUGGACGCAGGCUAUUGGAGCCACCCUGCUGAUCAGCGCAGCUCCUUUCCUCAUCCUGUUCCUGAUCCCCGUUCAGUCCAACAGCGACCAGCACCAGAACCUGCUCAAGGUGCUGCUCAGUUUCGCCUCCGGUGGUCUUCUGGGCGACGCCUUCCUCCACCUCAUACCACAUGCUCUGGAGCCCCACUCUCACCAUGGAGACGAAGAUCACGGCCACUCGCACGCCAGCGAAGAAUCACAUGACCACGGACACUCUCACGGAGCUGCCCACGGUCACAUGAUGUCAGUGGGUCUGUGGGUUCUCGGUGGGAUCAUCGCCUUCCUGGUUGUAGAGAAAUUUGUGCGUCUGCUGAAGGGAGGGCACGGCCACGGACAUUCUCACAGCCACUCGCAUGCUGCUCCCAAGGAAAAGGUCAGCGAUGGUGAAGAAGAGAAGGAAGAGGAGAAGAAGAAAGAGGAGAAAGACAAAAAAGACAAGAAGGCGUCUAAGAAAGAGGAGACGAGCACAGACAUCAAGGUGUCAGGUUACCUGAACUUGGCAGCUGACUUCACACAUAAUUUCACCGACGGCCUGGCAAUCGGAGCAUCGUUCCUGGUUGGUCCAGCAGUCGGUGCCGUCACCACCCUCACCAUCCUGUUGCACGAGGUCCCGCACGAGAUCGGAGACUUCGCCAUCCUCGUCCAGUCUGGCUGCACCAAGAGGAAGGCCAUGUGUCUACAGCUGCUGACUGCCCUGGGAGCUCUGGCCGGCACAGCUUGCUCCCUAUUGGCUGAAGGAGUGGGCGCCGCGGCGACGGCCUGGAUCCUGCCCUUCACAGCCGGCGGGUUUGUUUACAUCGCUACGGUGACCGUGCUCCCAGAACUGCUAGCGGGUCGCUCCAGUUUCGGCCAGUCUCUGAUGGAAAUUCUGGCCCUGCUGUUCGGAGUCGGCAUGAUGGUGCUGAUCGCUGAGUACGAGUGAGACGCAGCAGAACGGACAGAAACGACUUAAAGUGAAACAGGAAGGGAGGGAACAGAGAGACAGAGGAGGAAGGUUAAAAAAAAAAAAAGGCGGUUUUAAAUAGAGUUCAAGUUUUUUUGUCAGGGGUGUGAUCUCUUGUUUUUUAUUACGUUCUGUUUUGGGACAAACGCCACCUAUGGGUGAUUUUCGUUUUCUUAGCAGUUCAUGGUCUCAUCCCUGAUUUAUGUUACGGUUUCUUUUUUUGAAAGGAAAGGUGUCUUUAAAAACUGUUCAUCAGCAGAGACUUGAGAGCUGGAAGAAAAAAAAAAACCCUUUGAGGACUGCUGUGUUGUUCACUGAGGGCCUUUGUCAGGACAGGAAGAUUCAUUCUAUCUGUUCGCUGGUCAACACUUUCACUACAUGGACCAUCCAGCUACAUUUUAGAGUUUGAUUAUAGCUUAAACUGACAAAUUGCUCCUUCCAAACGGCACUGAAAUUCAUGUAAUUUUCCAACAAUAAGACCAAAUUUCCUGUCAUUUGGCAAGUGAAUGUUCCUUUUCAAAUCAUUAAACAUUUCAAAGUUUGGCCAGUGAAAAGCAAAGAAAUGGAUGGCCUGGUUCAUUAGUGUUCACUGCAGGACUGAUCUAGGUCACAUCAGUUUUACACAUAUAAUGUUGCUUUGUCUGGAAAUGCUGAAUGUUAAUAUUUUUACAUUCCACAGAAUAAAACUAAAUAUAAAUAAACUGUUGUGGUGUUUCAGCUGUAUUUACUAAGGAAUUAUGUUUUUUUUUUUGUUUUUUUUUAUGUUUGCUUUUAGACAUUCCUGCACAAUCAAUUUUUUUCCCCCAAUUGAUGGUUAAAAAUUGUUAAACAUUUACGGCUGAGAUGAACAUUCCCAGUAAAGCUUCAUAAUUUUCAAAGUGGUGAAUGAUUUUCUGAAUAUCCUGUAAUUAAAGACGUACUUGAAAAUGUAAAA